ACACACACACUCACUCUCUCUCAGUGCAGGAAAAUGGCAGAGGUCAGUAUUUCAGUAGAUCAUUUUUCUGUGGAUCACUUCAGCUGUCCAGUGUGUCUGGAUCUCCUGAAUGAUCCAGUGACUACUUCCUGUGGUCACAGUUUCUGUAAGGUGUGUAUUAAUGCUCACUGGGAUCAGGAGGAUGUGAAUGGCGUCUACAGCUGUCCUCAGUGUAGAGAGACUUUCACUCCAAGGCCUGUUCUACGCAGGAACAACAUGCUGGCUGAAGUGGUGGAGAAACUGAAGAAGACUGAACUCCAAGCUGCUUCUCCUGCUCACUGUUACGCUGGACCUGGAGAUGUGGAGUGUGAUUUCUGCACAGGGAGAAAACACAAAGCCGUCAAGUCCUGUCUGGUUUGUCAGGCCUCCUAUUGUGAAGAUCAUCUUAAACCUCACUAUCAGUCUCCUGCCUUUAAGAAGCACAAGUUAGUUGAAGCCUGUGAGGAGCUCCAAGAGAAGAUCUGCUCUGAACAUGACAAACUGAUGGAGAUCUACUGUCGUACUGACCAAAGCCUCAUCUGUUACUUGUGUACGAUGGAAGAACACAAAGGUCAUGAUACAGUUUCAGCUAAAGCAGAAAGAACUAAAAAACAGGUGAGAACUGGAUAUUAUUAUUCUUUUUUAAGUCAAUUUCUACAAAUUCUAUUUCUAAUCUCUGCAGCAGUUCAGAUGAGUUUACCUUCAGAACCAAAGAGCAGAGAAGAUUUUCUGCAGUAUUUCUGUUAUCUGACUCUGGAUCCAAACACAGCACAUCAUCAACUCAUUCUGUCUGAGAAGAACAGAGUGGUGACACGGAGUAAGACACAACAGCGAUACUCUGAUCAUCCAGAGAGAUUUGACUCCUGGUCUCAGGUGUUGUGUAAGGAGAGUGUGUGUGGACGCUGUUACUGGGAGGUGGAGAGGAGGACAUAUGAUGAUGUGGACAUAUCAGUGUCAUAUAAAGACAUCAGCAGGAAAGGAGACGGUAUUGAGUUUUUGUUUGGACACAACAGUCAGUCCUGGAGUCUGUGGUGUUCUUCCUCUGUCUCUUUCUAUCACAACAACAUUAAGACUAAGCUCAGAGGUCCAUCAUCCUCCAGAAUAGGAGUGUAUGUGGAUCACAGUGCAGGAACUCUGUCCUUUUACAGCGUCUCUGACACCAUGAGGCUCCUCCACAGAGUCCACACCACAUUUACUCAGCCUUUAUACGCUGGAGUCUGGAUGUGUUAUAAUAACUCAUCUGUCAGGUUUUGUGAUCCAAAAUAAAAUGUUAGUAAAAGUGUUUAUAAAAACUAUAAGUGAGGUGUGAGAUUUAAUUUGUCCCUGAGCUACACUGGACAUUUUGUGUGCAGCAACUGGAACAGUAAUGAAUGCAGAAUGUAGAAACAGACUAUUUAACUGUAUGCACUAUUAGGAUGGGUUUAUUAUAGUUGAUAUAAAAAUGUUCAAUGUCUCCUCAUAAAUGAUAAACUUUACUCAAACUG